GGAGAAGACAUGAUCGUCACACCCUUUGCCCAGGUCCUGGCCAGCCUCCGCACCAUCCGCAAUAACCUGACUCGUCUCUUGCCAAGCCGGUGGCCUCCCCCAGCAGAGGAUGCCCACCAGAAGCUGUCGCGGGAGACCCUGGAGGAGCUGGACUGGUGCUUGGACCAACUGGAGACACUGCAAACCCGGCACUCAGUCAGCGAGAUGGCCUCCAACAAGUUCAAGAGGAUUCUGAACCGGGAGCUGACGCACCUCACGGAGGCCCGCCCGCGGAGCGUGCCCCCCCCCCGGGCGCCCAGCCGCUCCGGGAACCAGGUCUCCGAGUACAUCUCCAGCACCUUCCUGGACAAGCAGCAUGAGGUGGAGAUCCCCUCGGCGCUGGCCAAGGACAAGGAGAAGGAGCGGAGGAAGCGCCCCAUGUCCCAAAUCAGUGGUGUCAGGAAGCUGAUGCAUGGCUCCAGCCUCGACGCUGCCGGCAUCCCCCGUUUUGGGGUGCGGACGGACCAGGAGGGGCUCCUGGCCAAGGAGCUGGAGGACACCAACAAAUGGGGGCUCAAUGUGUUUAAAGUGGCCGAGUACUCAGGCAACCGCCCGCUGACGGUCAUCAUGUACAGCAUCUUCCAGGAGCGUGACCUGAUGAAGACUUUCCGCAUCCCCGUGGACACCUUCAUCACAUACAUGCUGACGCUGGAGGACCACUACCACGCCGACGUGGCCUACCACAACAACAUCCACGCCGCCGACGUGGCGCAGUCCACCCAUGUCCUCCUCUCCACGCCUGCGCUAGAAGCUGUCUUCACGGACCUGGAGAUCAUGGCUGCCAUCUUUGCCAGUGCCAUCCAUGAUGUUGACCACCCUGGUGUCUCCAACCAGUUCCUCAUCAACACCAACUCGGAGCUGGCGCUGAUGUACAACGAUGCCUCGGUGCUGGAGAACCACCACCUUGCCGUGGGCUUCAAGCUUCUCCAGGAGGAAAACUGUGACAUCUUCCAAAACCUGAGCAAGAAGCAGAGGCAAUCACUCCGUAAAAUGGCCAUCGACAUGGUGCUGGCCACAGACAUGUCCAAGCACAUGAACCUGCUGGCAGAUUUGAAGACCAUGGUGGAGACCAAGAAGGUGACCAGCCUUGGGGUGUUGCUGCUGGACAACUACUCCGACCGGAUCCAGGUCCUGCAGAACAUGGUGCACUGCGCUGACCUCAGCAACCCCACAAAGCCACUGGAGCUCUACCGGCAAUGGACUGACCGCAUCAUGGUGGAGUUCUUCCGCCAAGGUGACCGGGAGCGGGAGAAGGGGAUGGAGAUCAGCCCCAUGUGCGACAAGCACACCGCCUCUGUGGAGAAGUCUCAGGUGGGUUUCAUCGACUUCAUCGCCCACCCGCUGUGGGAGACGUGGGCCGACCUGGUGCACCCCGAUGCUCAGGAGAUCCUGGACACACUGGAGGACAACCGGGAAUGGUACCAGAGCAUGAUCCCACGCAGCCCAUCCCCACCACCCGAGGGACCCGGGGCGUCCCCUGCCACCACUGACAAGUUCCAGUUUGAGCUGACACUGGAGGAGGAAGAGGAGGGUGAGUCGGACACCGAGCAAGAGGGGGCUGAGAGCCCCUUGGAUGAGGACAACAGCAGCUCCAAGACACCGGCCACAGAUGACUCGGAGUCGGCCGACACUGAGCACCUGUCUCCUGGCCCUGGGGACCGGGACUCGCCUGUCACCCACCUCAGGGAAGUGGACAACCAGCGGGCACUGGAAGGGACAGUGCUGAAGGACGGUGGUGGCGGCGGGCGGCCCGAGGGCAGCCAGGGGCUGUGCCUGGACAUGGAGGGCAACGUCACAUUCCUGCCCCUGGGCACGUAG